GGCGUGGAUGCCGUGAUGAUUCGGCUGGUGAACGGCUCCGGGCCGCACGAAGGUCGCGUGGAGGUGUACCACGAGCGGCGAUGGGGCACCGUGUGUGACGACGGCUGGGACAAGAAGGACGGCGACGUGGUGUGCCGCAUGCUGGGCUUCCGCGGCGUGGAGGAGGUGUACCGGACAGCGCGGUUUGGGCAAGGCACAGGGAGGAUUUGGAUGGAUGAUGUCGCCUGCAAGGGUACAGAAGAUUCCAUCUUCCGCUGCAGCUUCUCCAAAUGGGGGGUGACAAACUGCGGGCACGCUGAGGAUGCUGGGGUGACGUGCAACAGACACUGAAAGUGGGCAUGGUCCAGGGUCCGGGGCCCUGCUGCCGAGCCUCCUUCCUGCAUUCCUGGGGUGCGGGCAUCGCCUCUGCCCUGCCCAGCCCGGCAUCCCCCGGCCCACAUAUCCCUGUCCCAGGACCAUGGUGGCCUGUCAUCAUUCUCCUCUUGGGCAUCAGCUCCAAAGUACAACUCUGGGAUCUACUGGAUCGUCAUUUUGCCCAGCCUUCCAAGCACCAUGCAUCAGGACUCGAUACCCAUGCUCGUCUUCGGUCUGUCGGUUAAAUGCUGAGAGUCUGCUGGAGAGAAAUGCAGCAGGUGGAUUUGGGAGGGAGGCCUGACAGGUCAUUUACUCUUCAGAGAAUUCCCUUAGUUAGGCCAAGAGUUUUGACAUUUUCCUUCCCAGCAAGAGACUAUACCAAAUGAUUUCGUUCUUCCUUCUUUACUCUGCCUCCGUACACCAUUCCUUAGUCCAGGGAAGUGACAUAGAGAAUGGGCCCCCUGUAGGAGUGAGAGGGAAAUGCACAGCCCCUGCAAGAGACAGCCUGGCUUUGGAGAAGGGCAGUGAAACUGACAUCCAUAGAGUGACUACCCUGUGUACUACAUAGUAUCUUGGGUGCUAAAUUCAUUUAUCCACUUUGCAGCAUUCCCCCAAGGCUUGUUAGCUGGGGUAAGACCUUACCUUUAGGUAGCACUCAGCUGACCUGUUCACCGGGCACUGAGAAUGACAGUAACCAUUGUUUCUACCUGAAUCCUAGUGUGUCUUUACUAGGCUUGAGCAGGGAGCUUGGGUGCAAGGCAUGUGGGACUAUAGGGUUCCAUACUCCAAACCUACAGGGUAUAAGAUCAGACACGGACUGGCUUCCAGGCCAACCACCCACCUAGGAGGAAAGCUGAUUUGAAGGGUGACAUGGGGGCUGUCUGGGUUAAACUGAGACCAACACUCAGUCAUCUGGCAGUCAGGGUUAAGGCCAAGUUACUUGUGUCUUGGAGCUGUUUGGAGAUGAUGAUAUUGAACUUUCCAGGACUCUUUGGGUGUGCUCCUGUGAUCAGAACAUGUGUCCUGAUGGAUCCUGUAGGGAAAUGAGGAUUCCCUAUAACGUCUGGCAGAAGAAGGAGCCAUGGGGCUCUGCCAGUCCUUGGUCUGCACCCCUCUCCUGGUGACAGGGAGAUCAUAGUCUGCUUUUGACAUGAGGAGGAGGUCAAAACAGGCCAUAUAUGUCGUGUUCUAGGACUAGGGAAGCUGCAUGGUAGUAAGUGAGCACAGACUCACCUCCCUUGGGGAGUCAUAGACUGAGUCAGGCCUUGGAUACACAAAUACCUGCCACAUGGGGUGAGCAUCAGCUUGGCUGGGGAAGUGACACCUGGGACCAUCCAGGUAUAGGACCAGCAGAGUUCCUGGCUGACAACUAAACCAAUAUGUGCUAUUGGUGGUUUUUUGCUUACAAUAUGCGUAUUAUCCAUUAAUGUCCUAAUGAUCGGAGACUCUCCUGAUCAAUUGCUAUGUUUACAUUACACGCAUGUACUCAUGCAUCUUUUUCCAGAACCAGUAUAUUAUGCAUAUAUAAACAUAGCACUCUUUACUACAUAGCUCAGAGCAUUGCAAAGUUUACAUUAAAAAAAGAAAAUACCGAAGGUGGAAAGAUGUCACAUUGAACGAAAUAAAUUCCAAGUCAGUUCUGGCAAAAAAUCCAGUUAUCCCAUUGAUGAAGACCCACAAAACUUUCUUAUUUGGUCUUUUCAUUUGGGGAAACACAAGUCUUGUUUUACAUCAAAUAAAAAUCACAAUGAUAAGUGUUUGAACCUUAAUCGAAAAGUCUACUAGUUUACAUAUUUACUUAGGAGGACAUGGAAAUAACCAUGGACCUGGAUUUCAGGGACUAAAGGAAAUUAGGCCUGGCCUAAAAUACAUCAGACCUUUUGUAAGAAAGAAUUUCAAUAAAGCUAAGAACAUGUCACUAA